CACACACACACACACACACACACACACACACACACACACACACCGAUGUCUAAUCCAGUGAUGGAUGUUUUCCAUCGCAAAUGGCUCAGCAACCUCUAAGCUAAAUAAUGUUCACGCAGGUAAUGGUUUAAUAUGUCUAAAAGAAUUAGGUGACUGAAACAGAGUGAACUACAUGAAAGUUAUUGGCAAAACAAUCACACCUUAAGGUUUCCAUUCCGAAAUCGCACAACAAUUGACUUACGAUUCCACGUCAUUGAGAUGCCAUCAGAUGCUCUCAGAAACACAGUUGUCGGUUUUCAGCCGUUGCUUUACUAAAGAGGCCGUGGACAGAUAUGCAAAAUAUGGGCUCCAGUCAGCAACUUUCCUUUAUUGUUAGUUCUUCCACUUCUUUUUGGUUUCGUCGACAUGCUCUAAAAAGAAUGAAAAUGAAAAAAUAAAUCUGAUUUUUCCAUUGUCACACAUCCUCGCAGGGAGAACAAGAAAAAAGUCUGAUGUGAAUGCUGUAUGUUUUAUUCAUAAAAAAACACCAAAGCUGCGGCAUGUUAUUUUUUUGCAUUUAUUGGGGACUGAAGAGUUGCCAUGUAUUCUAUCUAAUAUUCAGAUAAAAUCUGAAGUAAUUAAAAAAAAAAUCAUCUAGAUUGUUAUGAUAGAUACGUAUAUAACACUGGAGAAUUAAAGAGCAUAUUUAUGUGUGAUUAGUCACACUCUUUCCUGUGUAUUAUUGUAUAUCAAAGAGAAUGACAGUUUUAUGUCAUUUCAUGCACAGUUAUCUAUUUUAGAUGCUAGAAAUGUUCCGUUCUUGGAGAUGAGGUCUGUACAUGCUUUGUGCUUCCAAAUCUUUUAAGGGCCAGUCGUGAGAAAAUAAUGAAUUAAGUCGCCAUGUGUAGGACUACUUGGUGGUAGUAUCUCAAAGAGACACUGUGGCAGAGACACUCACCUGUUGGAGGCAGUCGCAGGCAACUUAUUUAUCCGUUCUCACACAUUAGAAUCUAAUAAUUAUCUUCUAUUAUUUUUUAAAUUUAUUUCUUCUCUCCUAAAUUUUCUUCUCAGUUAAGCUUAGGCCAGUUUGUUUAAAUUUCUUUAUUUAUAUGUAGUAGUUUCAUAAAUUCUUUAGUGGAUGUCUGGUUUAAAAUGUUUUUAUUUUCUUUAACUUAAGCUUUUCGGGGACAUAUAUCGACAGCCUUUUUUUCAUGAAGCCUAAUUUGCGGGUGGGUGUGCAAAAGUGCAUAACAUUACAGAAAAAUAUUGCACUUAUUUUCUGAAUAUGGAAGAAAAAGUUGGCCCUGUGGUGCAAAUAUGUGAGAUACCGUAAAUGCUAAAUAUGAGAAUGGAUGUGUUGCAUCAUGAGUAGCAGCAUUGGUCGCGUUCAUUGUAUCUCAGGGCUCCUUGUGUCCUAACAAGAUGCUUUUUGUUACUUCACUCUGGUGUACCAGGAGUUUCAUGGGAGUUUGUAACUGUAGAGAAGAUGAACAAGACUGUUUCAAAUAUGGGAGACAAGUGUUAGCUUAGCAAUAGAGUGCUACUAUGAAAAUGCCUCUAAUUGUGACAGGCUGAUUCUUGCACGUCUUAUUGUGUACUUCAGUAACUUACUACCUUUCAAACACUGUUUUUAUUUUAUUCAAACAACAAUAGAAUCCAACAUAAAAACACUAUAGAGUUAUGAUUGUGCACUGGCAGUUUGGGCUGAUAAAUAAACCAAACCUUUUGCUUGACCAAACACUGAACUGCACUUGUAUGUUACAAUUACUGUGCAGAUGACCGCAGUGCCUCCUGUGUUCACCAUUGUGCCUCAUUUCUUGGAUCUCUAGCGCGCUAUCCAGUCAAAAACGAUUACAAACCAAUACAAGAAUGUCACAUUGUUGUACUCGACUGUAGUACACGAGUAAAACAAUUAGAAUCAUUAUAAGAAUCUGUGUGGUAGGGUUGAGGUAUAGAGGAUUAAAAGUCUAAUAUGUUUUCAAACUUGUUUUCUUUUAGCCAUUGUGUUCUGCAUUUGCCAUCAUACUUUCUUUAAGAUUAAUGUUUUUUUAUACAUUUGUGCAAAAGACCUUUUAGUAAUUUCACUUUUGCAAAAAACGACAACAAACACUUAAAAAAAAAAAAAUGAAAGAACCAGCACUUGAUUACAAAAGAAAUGGGCCACGGUGUAAUUGAAUGCAUGAAAGCUGAUUAUAUAGUCAAUAAUUAUAAAAUAUUAAAAAACAUAUUUGAAGGGAACAUUGAUGAGAUCACAGCAGAAAAUCAAUGCUUAGCAGUGAGCGAUCGAUGUUGAGAACAUAUCUCACUGCAGGUCACAUGCAUUUGGUCGUAGAAUGUAAGUCUGGCUGUUUUAUAAAAUAGCUUCUAGUGAAAUGUAUGUAAAACAUGGUAAUGUCCUCAGUUAAACCAUAUGUUUCAUUGAUUACUGCAUAAUGUGUUGCAUUGUGAAGUGUCUGAAUAUGGGAACGCCUGUUAGGAUUGCCAGAGACCAUUUUCUGCUUCCAUUACAAUGUGCUGUAAAUGUGUUUUAUUUGAUUCAAUUGAACAGUAUGAUACAGUAUUGAGGCCCUACUAAAAUGGUGGUUUUCUGAUUUGUAUGAUAUUUAUAUCUUACAUUUAUAUCUGUUUGUAUGAUCUGCUAUCUCUGUUACAUUUGUUUAUUGUUAGAUGUUUCUUGUUGGGAUAUACAAAGUAAAACUACUUUUAUAAAUCAUUUCUGAAUCUCUUUUAAUUAUUUUGAUCACUUUAUGUCUUAUUUAUAAAAAUGUCUACCUAUGAAGAAAAUAUAGUUUCUGAAGACCAAACACCAUGUGCUCUUUUGAGACAGCGGAUUAUAUUAUUGCCAUCUUUCAAUUUAAAAAAAACCGUCCUAUCAGUUUUACAGUAUUUUUUUAAAAACUUUUUUUGUUAUGUAUUAUGUUAUAAUGCUAUUGCCUCUGAAUGACUAAAUGUGUUCUUACUAGUGUAAGUGUUUCAGUGGUGGUUAAUAAUGCUGGUGGACUGCAUUUGGUUAUCCAUCCUGCCACCUAAUAAAAUACAUUUUGAUAGCACACAUGUUAGACCCCAAGCACAAAAUAAGCAUAAGCAAAAUCUGCCUUUUAAAACUCACUUGCACCUAUUUGGUCAAUUUGUGUGCUCCUAGUUUAUUACACCCUGUUUUUUUACAGUGUUUUUACACAAAAUAAUUAUCACUUAAAGUGCAAAACCAAUUACAUGUAAUAUGGCACCUAUGAUCCUGCACACAUGUUCGUCUUCGGUUAAUUUCAGUCGAUAACUCGGAUUUUAGCCGGCAUAAAACCAGCAAAAUGUCUCUGAAAUGAAGAGGUUGCCCUUUGGCAUCUUCCCGGACACGUGAGGGCGCUGUCUGGAGCGCGAGCUCCAUCCUUGUCCAGCAGCAGCUCCGUUGCCUACGUCACCACAUUCCACUGAAUGCGAUGGAACAGCGUGUAUAAACGUAAAGGUGGCCUCAGAAGACACUGGCAGAAACUUGUCUGUGUUGUGGUGAAAUCUGUGUUUAGAUGCAAGAUGAGGGAAGCGGCCGUCCUGCUCGCACCGUGUGUGGUUGUGUGUCUCCUCCUGAGCUCCAGCCAGGCAGCCAGACAAGGACAGGACAUCAAAUGUGGAGCGUGCAGGGCUCUGGUAGAUGAGUUGGAAUGGGCCAUCUCCCAAAUAGACCCAAAGAAAAUGAUCCAGACGGGAUCCUUCAGGAUCAACCCAGACGGCAGCCAGUCCAUUAGAGAGAUUCCUCUGGCUCGCUCAGAGGGAAACCUUCUGGAGCUGAUGGAGACUGUGUGUGAGAGGAUGGGGGACUACGGUGAGCACACAGAUUCUUCCACAACCAGGAAGUCCUACAUUAGGAUAAAGUCUCGGAGAGGUGAGGCCAUGGACCUCUCAGAGGCCACGCUGGAUUCACGAGUUACAGGCAGUUUAAAAUUUGCAUGUGAAACAAUUGUUGAGCAGCAUGAAGAUGAAGUCAUUGAAUUCUUCGCUUAUGAGUCAGAAAAUAUCAAAGACAAACUCUGCAGCGAGAGGACAGACCUCUGUGACCACGCUCUGAAAGUGUCCCACGAUGAACUUUGAUAGCGUCGUCUCUUCUCAGCCGAAACGGAGACGUUGGGUGCUGUACUGUUUUCAGUUGUCUCUUUAUCACCGGUUUACGUCAUGCCAGUAAUAAAUUAUAAUGUAUGAUAAUAGGAAAUCCACCUGUAGAUACAAGUCUUGUUCCUCUGAUCUGUGACAAUUUAAGGACCAGUUUGCCAGUUUUAGCUGCUGCUCUUUGGACUAUCUUGUCACUUUUUUAUAUACUGUAAGUUAUUAUACUUUUCAAUAUUCUGUGUUUCAUAUAAAACCCCUUUUCUUGCCUUAAAUUGCUCUUAAGAUGAAAGUUAUACUUCCCAGUGCGUACAGGAUUAGUUGUGUGUGUGUAUACAGUAAAUGUUCUAAUUUAAGACACAAGUACACAGAGAUCAGGUUGACAUUUGGUGAAGUGGUCCUUAAGUCCAUAUAAAUUAAUUGAUGGUCUCUCUAAAAGCCAUUCAUGGCAUUAAUGUUUUUUAUUCAUAGUGAAUGGAUAACCAUGCUGCCCGCUCACCAAUGAAAGAGUUAUUUGAUGCCCAACUAUAUUUUCAUUUCUAGUUGUAAGUUUUUAAUGCUCACCAAUAUUUAUUGAACUGUCUAAGAUCACAGGAAUAACUUGUUUUGGGUGAAUAUUUCAUUAGGUAAAACUGAAAAGUUAAACACACAUUAUAGAACAUCAGACAUGAAGAUGAUUUGAGUGGAGUUAGUGGUGAAAUGUGCCUUUUAUUGCUGAACAAAUGUUUCCCAUAUAACGUCACACUCUUUAAACAUUGAUCCUCUUUCACUAUUAGCCCCGUGGUAUUGUUACUGUUGAUGUGAAAUGUAUUACAGUUUAGAAAACAGUUACAAUGUUGAUGCUUAGGUGGGUGUGUUGAUGCUGAAAAUGAACUUAUCACAUGUUUUUUGCCAAUUGAGAAUCCUUUUUGAAAGUUGCAGCAAAGUCAAAAAUAAUUUAAGGAAAGAAGAACAUUUUUAAAGUUCUGAAAACCUCCAACCACUGCCUUGUCUCAAA